AAGUUCUCAAAAUUCCUAAAUAUAUAUUUUAGGAUCAAAACGCAAUCAGCGUAAUAGCCCUAAAAAUUUUGAUUUUCGCACUAUCACAGAGAUAAAAGGCAAGUUUUUUGGUAGAUAGGAGUAGCGACUAGCUAGAAAAUUGGUGGCUACCGUGGAAAGAAAUGCCGGCUGGGCCAUGUUCUCUUAGCGCCAUAACUCGCCUAGACUUCUCGACUUGCACGAAUAGGCAUUGCUGGCGUCCAGCACCUCAUGGCCGACGGUCUCGACGGUGGCCUAUUGCGUCUUUUAUUAGAGCAUCGCAGGAAGGUAGCCCUUUGCAAUUUCGGAAGCUUGGCGAUUCUGAGCUCCGAAUUAGCGAAAUAACAAUGGGAACCAUGACAUUUGGGCAGCAGAACACAGAGAAGGAAGCUCAUGAGUUGCUAAGCUAUGCAUUUGAUCGGGGAAUCAAUAUUCUAGAUACGGCAGAGGGUUAUCCUAUCCCAAUGAAGAAGCAGACACAUGGGAAAACAGAUUUAUAUAUAGGAAGUUGGAUGAAGUUAAGGCCACGUGAGAAGAUAAUAUUGGCUACCAAGGUUUGUGGUUACUCUGAGCAAGCUGCAUACAUGCGAGAUAAUGCAGAAGUCUUGCGAGUUGAUGCUGCCAACGUGAAAGAGAGCGUAGAAAAGAGCCUCAUGCGGCUUUCCACUGAUUACAUUGAUUUGCUGCAAAUACAUUGGCCAGAUCGAUAUGUUCCAUUGUUUGGUGAAUUUGCAUACAAAUAUGAAAAAUGGAGACCAAGUGUGCCAUUUGCUGAACAACUCAGGGCCUUUCAGGAGCUCAUCAACGAUGGAAAG